AUGGCAACGUCUUGGCGUUUGCUGCUCAAUCGGACGUUGCCCGCUACACGUGGCUGCCACGUGCUCGCAGGCCACCCGCACGCGCAUCACUCGCUGCCAUCCCCUUCCCGCCUCUCGCGCCUCUCAUCGCCGCGGCGGCACCCAGCGACCCUGCACGCGUCUCGCCUAGCCCCCUCCCUCGCCACCUCACCGUCGCUCCUCUCCUCCGCGCCGCGCGUCUCCCCUCUCCCCGCUCGGCGCGCGUCGUCGCGGCACACUUUAUCGCGCGCUGCGUCGGUGCGGGCGGCAGCUGACGCGGGAAGCGAUGGCGUCGGCCCCGCCACCGCGGAAGCACCCUCACCUCCUGCAGCAGCGCCAGCAGCAGCAGUGGAUCCAGCGGUGGCGGGCAGCUCCUUGAGGCGGCGGUUCCUGGAGUUCUACGCGGCGAGGGGCCAUGCCGUGCUGCCGUCCGCGUCGCUGGUGCCGGCCGACCCCACCGUGCUGCUCACCAUCGCCGGCAUGCUGCCCUUCAAACCCGUCUUCCUCGGCCAGGUGCCGCCCACUGUGCCGCGCGCCACAACGAGCCAGCGGUGCGUGCGGACGAACGACGUGGAGAAUGUGGGGCGAACGGCACGGCACCACACCUUCUUUGAGAUGCUCGGCAACUUCAGCUUCGGCGAUUACUUCAAGCAGGACGCGUGCCAGUGGGCCUGGCAGCUCGCCACUCAGGAGUUUGGAAUACCGGAGGAGCGCAUCUGGGUGAGCGUCUUCCGUGAUGACGACGAGACGUACGCCAUCUGGAAGGACCAGGUGGGCGUGAGUCCAGAGCGCAUCCAGCGGCUGGACGAGGAGGACAACUUCUGGGCGAGUGGGCCCACGGGGCCGUGUGGGCCGUGCAGCGAGCUCUACUACGACUUCCACCCUGAACGUGGCAUCGAGGGCGCUGACCUGGGAGACGACUCGCGCUUCAUAGAGUUCUACAACCUUGUCUUCAUGGAGAGCAACCGCCGCGACGACGGGGGGUUGGAGCCGCUGCGCUGCAAGAACAUCGACACGGGGCUCGGCCUUGAACGCCUCGCUCAGAUCCUGCAGCAGGUACCGAGCAACUACGAGACGGAUCUCAUCUUCCCCAUCGUGCAGCGCGCAGCCCAGCUGGCGGGGGUGGACUACCACAGCGCGGAUGAUGACACCAAGCGCAUGCUCAAGGUGAUAGGCGACCAUGCGAGGGCCGUGGUGCACCUGGUGGCGGACGGCGUGUCACCUUCCAAUCUCGGCCGCGGCUACGUCGUGCGCCGCCUCGUGCGCCGCCUUGUGCGCACCGCCCGCCUUCUUGGCAUCAACUCAGGCAGCGGCGCCACCACCACUCACACCGACACCGCCAAUGGCAACGGCAGUGCUGCUGGGGGUGGCGACUCUGCCUUCCUGCCAAUCAUCGCUCAACAGGUGAUAGCCAUGAGUGCGGACAUCAACAGCAACGUGGGAGAGCGCGCGGAGCGGGUGGUGGAGGAGCUGAGGCGCGAGGAGGAGCGGUUCGUGGCCACACUGGAGCGAGGGGAGAAGAUGCUCGACCUGCUGCUCUCGCAGGCCCUCACCCACGCUGCUGAUGCUGCUGCUGCAGGAGGGGAGGGAGGGGAAGGGGCGGGGGUGGCGGCGGGGGCGGUGUUGAGUGGGCGGGAUGCGUUUGUGCUGUACGACACGUACGGGUUUCCCGUGGAGAUCACGGAGGAGGUGGCGCGGGAGAGGGGCGUGGCCGUGGACAUGGCGGGCUUUGAGCGAGAGAUGGCUGCUCAGAGGAAGCAGUCGCAGGCGGCGCACAGUGCCAUCAAGCUGGCAGUGGGCGGGGCAGCAGCGGACCUGGCAGGGCAGGUGCCCGAGACAGAGUUCGUGGGGUACUCGUGCCUCGCCUCCUCCUCGCCCGUGCUGGCGCUCGUCGUUGAGGGCAAGGUGGUGGAGCGCGCAGCAGCGGGGCAGGCGGUGGACGUGGUGCUGGCGCGCACUCCCUUCUAUGCCGAGGGGGGCGGGCAGAUCGCCGACUGGGGGCACAUGCGCGUGCUGCAGGGGGGAGGGGGGGAGGGAGGGGCGGUGGUGCGUGUGCGGGACGUGCAGCGCGCGGGGGGAGGGCUGUGGCUGCACCGGGGGGAGGUGGAGGAGGGCGAGGUGUGUGUGGGGGACGAGGUGGAGGCGGUGGUGGAUGAGGAGCAGCGCCUGCGCGCACAGGUGCGGGGUGAGGGCGCGAGUGAGAGAGUGAGGGCGCGGGCGCACCACACGGCAACGCAUCUCCUCCAAGCAGCGCUGCGCGAGCAGUUGGGGCCGGACGUGGCGCAGGCGGGCAGUCUGGUGGCGUUCGACCGGCUGCGCUUCGACUUCCACUUCCCGCGCGCCGUCAUGCCCGCCGAGCUCACCGCCGUGGAGGCGCGCGUGAACAAGUGGAUCGCCGCUGGCGCUGCCGUCACGGCGGCCGUCAUGCCCAUUGCUGACGCCAAGGCUGCUGGCGCGAUUGCGAUGUUUGGGGAGAAGUACGGCGACGAGGUGCGCGUGAUCGACGUGCCGGGCAUCAGCAUGGAGCUGUGUGGCGGCACUCACGUGGGCAACACGGCGCACAUCCGCGCCUUCAAGCUGCUCUCCGAGGCCGGCAUCGCGGCGGGUGUGAGGCGCAUUGAGGCCGUGGCGGGGGAGGCGGCAGUGGACCUGCUGCACCAAUGGGACGGCGUUGUCAAGGCGCUCUCCUCCUCCCUCAAGGUGAAGGCGGAGGAGGUGCCGGCGCGAGUGGCGGUGCUGCAGGAGGAGCUGCGGGCGGCCCGCAGCGAGGCGGAGAGCCUGAGGGGCGACCUGGCUGUGGCGCGCUCCCAGCUGCUGCUGGGGCAGGCAGAGACUGUUGGGGCUAUGGGGUGCAGGGUGCUGGUAGCGGAGCUGCCAGGGGUGACAGCAGACGCCCUCAAGACGGCCGCAGAGAGCCUAGCGGCACAGCUGUCGGGCGGCAGCAGUGAGAGUGCGGUGGUGCUGGCGUCCGGCAGCAGCGAGGAGGGCAAGGUGGCCAUCGUGGCUCUGCUCAGCCCCGCG